UCUUUAUACCACACACAGCAGAAUUGUUUUCAAGUAUUGCUAUAUACCAUGGCAGGCACAGUAAAAACAGAUGAGCUGGUAUUCUUCGUAAAUGGGAAAAAGGUGAUUGAAAAAAAUGCUGAUCCCGAAAUGACCCUGUUGACCUAUUUAAGAAGAAAACUUGGCCUGACUGGAUCUAAGCUUGGAUGUGGUGAAGGAGGCUGUGGAGCCUGUACGGUGAUGGUUUCCAGAUAUAACCCUUCACAAGAGAAGAUUGUUCACCUCGCUGUUAAUGCAUGUCUGAGUCCAGUUUGCUCUCUACAUCUUGCUGCUGUCACGACUAUAGAAGGAAUUGGAAGUGUUACAAGCCGAAUUCACCCAAUCCAGGAGAGGAUUGCUAAAGCCCAUGGUUCACAGUGUGGAUUUUGUACACCUGGGAUAGUCAUGUCAAUGUACACAUUACUGAGAAAUAACACUUUACCAACAAUGGAAGAAAUUGAAGAAGCUUUCCAGGGAAACUUGUGUAGAUGUACUGGUUACAGGCCUAUUUUGGAAGGAAUGAGAACAUUUUCUAAGAGCUCUGACUGCUGUGGUGCAUUACAAAAUGGGAACAGCUGCUGCAUGAAAAGCAAAGAAACUGAUGAAAACUGUACUUUGCAGACUGACUUCACACCUAGAUUAUUUGACUCCUCUGAGUUCAAGCCCUUUGAUCCAACUCAAGAACCCAUCUUUCCACCAGAACUACUGAUUCUUAUACAAAAAACAUCUACACAAGUUCAGUUUCAAGGUGAACGAGUCUUGUGGAUUCAACCUAAUUCUCUCAGUGAUCUCCUGUGUCUUAAGACAAAACACCCAGACGCAAAGCUUGUGGUUGGAAAUACAGAAGUAGGAAUUGAAAUGAAAUUUAAAAAUAUGUUGUAUCCAGUUAUUAUAGCACCUAAUUAUAUUCCCGAAAUGACAUCUGUCCUGCACUCUGAGGAUGGUAUUGUUUUUGGGUCUGCUUGCACUUUGACAGUCCUUGCUGAAACUCUAAAAAAGGCAGUGUCUAAGCUCCCAGAUAACAAGACAAGAGUGUUUCAAGCUGUGCUUUCCCAGCUGAAGUGGUUUGCUGGACAGCAGAUCCGAAAUGUAUCUGCAAUAGGAGGAAAUGUAAUGACAGCCAGCCCAAUCUCUGAUCUCAACCCUGUAUUCAUGGCUACUAACUGCAAAAUGACCAUUGUUUCAAAAGAUGGCAAAAGGGAAGUCAGGAUGCAUGACAAGUUUUUUACUGGGUACCGAAAGACCAUAUUAAAGCCUAAUGAAAUUUUGCUGUCAAUUGAAAUCCCAUAUAGUAGAAAGGGACAGUACAUUGCAGCAUUUAAGCAGGCUCAACGACGUGAUGAUGAUAUUGCUAUUGUUACAUGUGGCAUGAAUGCAAUAUUUCAUGAGAGCACUACAAUUGUGAAGGAUAUUAAACUAAGUUACGGAGGAAUGGCAGAAACUACAGUUCUGGCAAAGAAGACAUGUGAACAGCUUAUUGGCAAACAAUGGAAUGAAGAUUUGCUACAAGAAGCUGUUUAUCAUUUGGCACAGGAAAUGACCUUGUCACCGUCAGCUCCAGGGGGAAUGGUGCAGUAUCGCCAAACACUAACACUUAGCCUUUUCUAUAAGUUUUAUUUGACUGUUUUACAAAAUCUGGCCAAUGAUCUUAUGGAUAAGAAUAUAGCAUCUUCAUUGAUACUACCAGCAUAUGCCAGUGCAACAGAUGCAUUUCACAAAGAUCCAAUAUCAAGUGUUCAGCUUUUUCAGGCUGUUCCUCCUGGACAGGAAAUUGAUGAUGUUGUUGGAAGACCUCUGGUUCAUCUUUCAGCUCUUAAACAAGCCACUGGUGAAGCGAUUUACUUUGAUGACAUGCCAAGAUUUCAGAAUGAACUAUACUUGGCUCUUGUUACUAGUACUAAGGCUCAUGCAAAAAUUCUGUCUAUUGACACAACAGAAGCACUUAAGUUACCAGGUGUAGUAUGCUUUGUGUCAGCCAAGGAUAUUUCUGGAAGUAAUGAAACUGGACCAGUAUUUCAAGAUGAAACAGUAUUUGCUGACAAUGAAGUUACAUGCAUUGGACAUAUUAUUGGUGCAGUUGUUGCAGAUACACAGGAGCAUGCAAACAGAGCUGCCAAGGUUGUGAAUGUUGCAUAUAAGGAGCUGAGCUAUAUUAUUACUAUUCAGGAAGCUAUUGCAAAUAAAUCUUUUUAUGAACCAAUCAAAAAACUUGAAAAAGGAAACCUUAAGAAGGGGUUUGAAGAAGCUGAUCAUGUAUUAGAAGGUGAAAUCCACAUUGGAGGACAAGAGCACUUCUACCUGGAAACUCAUUGUGCUUUGGCAGUUCCCAAAAAGGAGGAGGGAGAAAUUGAACUUUUUGUAUCAACACAAAACCCUCAUGCAACACAGUCCGAUGCUGCCAAAGCCUUGGGAGUUCCUUCCAGUCGAGUUGUUUGCAGAGUAAAGAGAAUUGGAGGUGGUUUUGGUGGAAAAGAAACCAGGAGCAGUAUUUUAUCUACUGUUGUGGCAGUUGCUGCUAACAAAAUGAAGUGCCCAGUUAGAUGCAUGCUAAGCCGGGAUGAAGAUAUGCUUGUUUCUGGAGGAAGGCACCCAUUCUUUGGAAAAUAUAAGGUUGGUUUUAUGAAGACAGGUCAAGUUACUGCAGUAGAUGUCUCUUAUUACAGCAAUGCAGGGAAUUCUAUUGACCUCUCUUUUGCGAUAAUGGAGAGAGCCUUGUUCCAUAUGGAUAAUAUGUAUAAUAUUCCAAAUAUCAGAGGACUUGGCUAUGUCUGUAAAACAAACUUGCCAUCAAAUACUGCCUUUCGUGGUUUUGGUGGUCCCCAAGGAAUGAUUAUUUCAGAGUGUUGGAUAAAUGAUGUGGCCUCUGUGUGUGGUCUUCCAACUGAGGAGGUACGCAAAAAAAAUAUGUACAAGGAAGGAGACAUAACCCCAUUCAAUCAAAUACUAAAUGAUUUGACUAUUGAACGUUGCUGGGAGGAAUGCCUGAAUAAUUCUCAGUAUUAUUGCCUGAGAGAUCAAGUGAAUGAAUUUAACAGGCAACAUCGAUGGAAGAAAAGAGGACUUGCCAUCAUACCAACAAAAUUUGGAAUUAGUUUUACAGUCACAUUCUUAAAUCAGGCAGGGGCUCUGGUCCAUGUUUAUACUGAUGGUUCAGUACUUCUAACCCAUGGUGGGACUGAAAUGGGUCAAGGUCUUCAUACCAAGAUGAUCCAGGUUGCCAGUAAAGUUUUAAAGAUUCCUGUCUCCAAGAUCUAUGUCAGUGAAACAAGCACCAACACAGUCCCAAACACAUCAGCCACUGCAGCUUCUGUCAGCUCUGAUUUAAAUGGAAUGGCCAUCUAUAAUGCUUGUCAAACUAUAUUGAAGCGUCUAAAGCCAUACCAGGACAAGCACCCUGAUGGAACUUGGGAGGACUGGGUGAGAGCUGCAUAUUUUGAUAGAGUUAAUCUAUCAGCAAAUGGCUUUUAUAAAACCCCUGACAUUGGAUAUGACUUUGAAAAAAAUGAAGGAAUUCCAUUUACUUACUUCAGUUAUGGAGUGGCCUGCUCUGAAGUUGAGAUUGACUGUUUAACUGGUGAUCAUAAGAACCUUCAUACUUGGAUUGUAAUGGAUGUUGGCAACAGUCUGAAUCCUGCGAUUGAUAUUGGACAGAUUGAAGGUGCCUUCAUGCAAGGAGUUGGAUUAUUCACCCUAGAAGAAUUAAGAUACUCACCCAGCGGAUACUUGUAUACAAGAGGUCCUGGUAGUUACAAAAUCCCUGGAUUUGGUGACAUCCCUGGUACACUUCAUGUCAGUCUUCUCCGAGAGGCACCUAACAGUAAAGCCAUUUUUUGCUCAAAGGCUGUUGGGGAGCCUCCACUUUUACUUGCUAUAUCCGUGUUUUUUGCAAUCAAAGAUGCCAUCUCAGCAGCAAGAGCAGAAUCCAACCUUACUGGCCCUUUCCGCCUUGACAGCCCUGCCACGCCCGAGAGGAUACGGAAUGCUUGUGUGGACAACUUCACAAAACUGAUUCAUCCACAGGAUCCACAAACCUUUACUCCAUGGUCAGUGCAAGUCUGAAAAUUCCUGAUGAUGAAGUCUGAAUCACAAGUGUAUAACGUAAUAUAAUGAAUACAACAAUAUAUUCUGCUGAAUUCCUCUAAUGUUGAUUGAGAUUUUGACUUGAAGUUGAAGAGAACAUCAUCAUGUUAACCUACCAAUUGUUAACAAUUCAGUUUGGGUAGCACUUUUUGCAAAAUAAGUAAUAAUAGUAUUCUGAUGAUAUUUUGAAAAUUCCUACCAUUACAGUUACCUUAUAUGUAACAUUUAGAACAAUCUGUAAAGUUUGUUAUAUAAAGUUAAUUUUUGAAGUUUUCUGUCAAAUAUAUAUACUGUAUAUUUCUGAUUAUCCA